CGGACCAGGAGCUCUCGAGGUGUCUGGAUGCCCAGUGAGCCCCGGACCCAGGAGGCCCAAGGAGCUGGAGGUGACCCUGAGGCAGCGAGACCCCAGAGGAAGGGCGCGAGACCCCAGAGGAAGGGCGCGAGUCCCGCAGACGACUGUGCACCACCCCAGGCUGGGCUCCUGUUAGGAGGGGGCGCUUGUUCCCAGGCAGCGCCUCCAUCCCUGCCCCUGCAGGCUCAGAGGCAGCUGCUCCAUGCAGAACUGAAACUGGUCCUGCAGCAGAAGGGAGAGAGGAAGCAGGAGCCUGGGGCCCAGGUGACUCCCAGCAGCGCCAUGGAGGCCAGGAGCCAGAGUGCUGAGGAGCUGAGGCGGGCGGAGUUGGUGGAGAUCAUCGUGGAGACGGAGGCGCAGACCGGGGUCAGUGGCAUCAACGUAGCCGGCGGCGGCAAGGAGGGAAUCUUCGUCCGCGAGCUGCGUGAGGACUCACCUGCGGCCAGGAGCCUCAGCCUACAGGAAGGGGACCAGCUGCUGAGCGCCCGAGUGUUCUUCGAGAACUUCAAGUACGAGGACGCACUACGCCUGCUGCAAUGCGCCGAGCCUUACAAGGUCUCCUUCUGCCUGAAGCGCACUGUGCCCACCGGGGACCUGGCGCUGCGGCCUGGGACCGUGGCCGGCUACGAGAUCAAGGGCCCGCGGGCCAAGGUGGCCAAGCUGAACAUCCAGAGUCUGUCCCCUGUGAAGAAGAAGAAGAUGGUGGUGCCCGGGGCCCUGGGGGUCCCUGCAGACCUGGCCCCUGUUGACGUCGAAUUCUCCUUUCCCAAGUUCUCCCGUCUGCGUCGAGGCCUCAAAGCCGAGGCUGUCAAAGGUCCUGUCCCAGCUGCCCCCACCCGCCGGCGCCUCCAGCUGCCUCGGCUACGUGUCCGAGAAGUGGCCGAAGAGGCCCAGGUAGCCCGACUGGCCGCUGCAGCUCCUCCCCCCAGGAAGGCCAAAGCAGAGGCCGAGGGGGCUGCAGGAGCCCGAUUCACAGCUCCCCAGGUGGAGCUGGUUGGGCCUCGGCUGCCGGGUGCUGCGGUGGGUGUCCCCCAGGUCGCAGCCCCCAAGGGGGAGGUGGCCCCUGCAGCAGAGGUAGUCAGCGGCUUUGCCCUCCACUUGCCAACCCUUGGGCUGGGAGCCCCAGCUGCACCUGCUGUGGAGCCUGCGGCUGGAGGGAUCCAGGUCCCACAAGUGGAGCUGCCCACCUUGCCCUCGCUACCCACUCUGCCCACGCUUCCCUGCCUGGAGACCCGGGAAGGGGCUGCGGCAGUGACGGUGCCCACCCUGGACGUGGCAGCGCCUACAGUGGAGGUGGACCUGGCCUUGCCUGGUGCAGAGGUGGAAGCCCGAGUAGAGGCACCUGAGGUGGCCCUGAAGAUGCCCCGCCUCAGUUUCCCCCGCUUUGGGGCUCGAGCAAAAGAAGUUGCCGAGGCCAAGGUGGCCAAGGGCAGCCCUGAGGCCAGGGUGAAGGGGCCCAAACUUCGAAUGCCCACCUUUGGGCUUUCUCUCCUGGAGCCCCGGCCCGCUGCCCCUGAAGCCGUUGAGAGCAAGCUGAAGCUGCCCACCAUCAAGAUGCCCUCCUUUGGCAUCGGGGUCUCGCCGCCUGAGGUCAAGGAGACCAAGGGGCCUGAGGUGAAGCUCCCCAAGGCCCCAGACGUCAAGCUCCCCAAAAUGCCCGAGGCAGCCCUUCCAGAUGUGCGACUCCCAGAGGUGGAGCUCCCCAAAGUGUCAGAGAUGAAACUCCCAAAGGUGCCGGAGAUGGCUGUGCCAGAGGUGAGGCUUCCAGAGGUGCAGCUGCCGAAAGUCCCUGAGGUGAAACUCCCAAAGGUGCCUGAGAUGGCCGUGCCAGAAGUGCAGCUCCCGAAAGUUCCAGAGCUGAAGCUGCCAAAGGUACCCGAGAUGAAAUGCCCCGAAAUGAAACUCCCGAAGGUGCCCGAGAUGGCUGUGCCAGAGGUGCGACUCCCAGAGGUACAGCUGCCAAAAGUCUCGGAGAUAAAACUCCCCAAGUUGCCCGAGAUAGUCGUGCCGGACGUGCACCUCCCGGAAGUGCAGCUGCCAAAGGUGUCGGAGAUGCGGCUGCCGGAAGUGCAGGCGCCAAAGGUCCCGGAUGUGCAUCUGCCGAAGGCACCUGAGGUGAAGCUGCUCAAGGCUCCAGAGGUGCAGCUAAAAGCUGCCAGGGCAGAGGAAGCAGAGGGGGUGGAAUCUGGGUUCAAGAUAUCCAAGAUGACCAUGUCCAAGCUAGGGAGGGCAGAGUCCCCAUCUCGAGGCAAGCCAGAUGAGGCUGGUGCUGAGGUCUUGGGGAAGCUGGGGACACUUCCCUGUCUGAAGCCAGAGAUGGGCAGCGAGGCUCGUGUGGGUGUUCCCCCUCUCACACUGCCCUCAGUAGAACUAGACCUGCCCGGGGCCUUCGGCCUGGAGGGGCAGGUCCCAGCAGCCCACAUGGGCAAGGUGGAGCAGUCAGAAGCCCCUGGGGUGGUAGCAGGGGUCGGGGAAAUGGCAUUCUGGUUGCCCUCCGUUGAGAUUGUCACGCCGCAGCUGCCCACAGUGGAGGUUGAGGAAGGGCAAGUAGAGGUGACGGAGGUGAAAGUCAAGCCUUCCUCCAAGUUCUCCCUGCCCAAGUUUGGACUCUCGGGGCCAAAGGUGACCAAGGCAGAGGCUGAGGGGGCUGGACGAGCCGCCAAGCUAAAGGUGUCCAAGUUUGCCAUCUCACUCCCCAAGGCUCGGGUGGGCACCGAGGCGGAGGCCAGAGGGACGGGGGAGGCAGGCCUGCUGCCCGCCCUCGAUCUGUCCAUCCCACAGCUCAGCCUGGAUUCCCAUCUGCCCACAGGCAAGGCGGAGGUGGCAGGGACUGAUGCCAAGCUCAAGGGGCCCAGGUUCAGCCUGCCCAAGUUUGGGGUCAGAGGCCGGGACAGCGAGGCAGGAGAACUAGUGCCAGGGGCGACUGAGUUGGAGGGCAAGAGCAGGGGUUGGGAUGCGAGGGUGAAGAUGCCCAAGCUGAAGAUGCCCUCCUUUGGGCUGGCUCGAGGGAAGGAAGCAGAAAUCCAGGGGGGGCGAGUCAGCCCCGGGGAAAAGCCAGAGUCCACGGCUGUGCAGCUUAAGAUCCCUGAGGUGGAAUUGGUUACUCUGGGGGCCCAGGAGGAAGGGCAAAUGUCCGCAACCAGGCAGGUGGGCACUGAGGGCCAGGAUGGGGGGCCAAGGGUGCCGCUCUGCAUCUCCCUGCCCCAGGUGGAGCUGCCCAGCUUUGGGGAGGCUGACCUGGGUGCCACCCCCGGGCAGCAGGCCAAGAAUGCACCUCCUCCAGCAGAGGGCACACCAGGCUAUAGGAUCCAGGUGCCUCAGGUGACCUUGUCUCUACCUGGAGCCCAGGUGGUGGGUGGUGAGCUGCUCGAGGGUGAGGGUGUCUUCAAGAUGCCCGCUGUGACAGUGCCCCAGCUUGAGCUGGACGUGGGGCUGAGCCGAGAGGGGCAGGCGGGUGAGGCAGCCACAGGUGAGGGCGGGCUGAGGCAGAAGAUGCCCACGCUGGGGGCUAGAGAUGCGGUGGGGGGUGAGGGGCCUAGGGACCAGCCCCCAGGGGCCGAGUGCACCUUCCACCUCCCGCUGCCUGACGUGGAGCUCUCCCCGCCCGCUGUGGGCAGCCAUGCUGAAUACCAGGUGUCUGAGGGCGAGGGGGAUGCCGGACACAAGCUCAAGGUGCGGCUGCCCCGGUUCAGCCUGGCACGGGCCAAGGAGGGGGUUGAGGAGUCCGAGAAGGCCAAGAACCCCAAACUCAGGCUGCCCCGCGUGGGCUUCAGCCAGAGCGAGGCGGCCAGUGGGGAAGGCUCCCCCAGCCCCGAGGACGAGGAAGAGGAGGGCUGCGGGGAAGGGGCCUCCGGGCGCCGGGGCCGCGUCCGAGUCCGCUUGCCCCGUGUGGGCCUGACUACCCCCUCCAAGGCCCCUCGGGGGCAGGAGGGCGAGGCGGCCCCCAAGUCACCUGGAGGGGAGAAGUCACCCAAGUUCCGCUUCCCCCGGGUGUCCCUAAGCCCCAAGGCCCAGGAGGAAGGUGGAUUCCGGGUCCGGCUGCCCAACGUGGGGUUUUCGGAGACGGGGCCUCCAGGCCCCAUGAGGAUGGAGGGGGCUCAGGCUGCCGUCAUCUGAAACCCCUCAGCAGAGGGAGACUCCCCUCCCGUCUUCCCAUCCCCCCUCCUCGUUUUGUGUGUGAGAUAACUAGCACUAACCCUCAGAGGGCUGGGAGGCGGGCGACUGACCGGGUCAGGGCCGGGGAGUCCAUGCCUGACCCUUUGGCAGGAGUGCCCGUAUCUUGCCAAGCCAUGUGAAUAAAAUAAUCCAGAGGUA